AUGCUCAUAGAUGAUAAAAUUAAGGGCUUGGAGCUAGACAGAAAAAGAAAAGCAACGGAAGAACAUAAGAAAGAUGUGAUAGAAACUUUUACAGAAGGAAAUAAAAGAAGAUGGACAGUUGAUAGUGCCAUUCCAAAUUCAGAGCGUAAUAAUGUAUACUUUGUUGAUCCAAUGAAGGAUAGUGUUCCAUUUCUUGAUAUGAUUCAGAGAGGUGAAUUUGUUGCUUUAUAUGGUGCAUGCACUUCAGGAAAAUCCACAUGUGUGAUUCAAGUUAAGGAACAGUUGAUAGAUGAAGGCUUUAUCUGUAUUUAUGUAACUCUCGAGCUGGUUAACAUAGAAUCUGUAGAUAAAUUCUGGAUAUCACUUGGCCAUUCUUUUGAAAUCGAUGGCACUUCUGAUAUCAAAUUUGCUGGUAUCAAAUCUGCUAGUGAAUUUGCUAGAUUUUUUAGUAAAGACAAGUGUAAAAAAAGGGUGGUUCUCUUUAUUGAUGAGUAUGAUGUAUUGUAUGAAGCAG